ACAACCUUCCGCUACGAGUUUUUGUUGUAUGGUCUUCCCAUCGAUAGAAUACGGGUACGCGGACGUUGAUUUUUUAAUCUGAGCGAUAUCAUCAGAUCCAUGGCAGAAGGAGUCUUACAAUGUGGCCUUACCAUUGGCAUGUCCGCCACAGAGGGUAUACAUCACCCGCAUCCGAAACCGGUUGACGCAAUACGCAGCGAAGAUGCAUACGUCUUAUCAGAGGACAUCAUACCCGAUGCGCACAGCAAGUUGAGAUUGAGAGGAUCAUCUGAAGAUAUCCUCGUUCCGUAUAUGUGUGUAGGAGCAUGGGCAUGGGGUGAUAAAGCUACUUGGCAUUAUACUCCGGAUGAGUUGCCUCGUAUCAAGGAUGCUUGGGAGAUGUUGCGGAAUGAGGGGCUCAAUUGGAUUGAUACCGCGCAGGCGUAUGGGAGUGGUGAGAGUGAGAAGAUCUGUGGGGAUCUGUUUGAGGGACUUAACAGAUCGGAGUUCAUUGUUCAGACAAAGUGGUUUCCUAUUCCGGAUAUGACUAAUGUGAUUUUGCGAUGGCAUGCUAUUGUCAAGAAGCUUCGAGGGUCUUUGGAGCGUUUACGGUUGAAGUAUGUUGAUGUCUAUCUUGUGCAUGGGCCUAUACAUUCGAGUUCGAUAUCGACUGUCGCAAAAGGUCUUGCUGAGUGUGUUCGAUCUGGACUGGCUCGAACGGUUGGUGUGUCGAAUUAUGAUGCGCAUGAGAUGAUCAAAAUGGCGGAUGCUCUGGCGAAACAUGGUAUUCCACUUGCGGUGAACCAGUGCGAGUACUCGAUCCUACGAAGACAUCCAGAGUCACACGGACUGAUACGAACCUGUCGCGAGAGAGGGAUUGUUUUCCAGAGUUAUGCACCGCUCGCAGAGGGUCGUCUAACGGGUAAAUACUCUCAAGGGAAUGAACCACCACGGACGUACCGCUUCAGCAGCUACCCUAUACAUGAACUUGAGCCCGUUGUUGCGGUCCUCAGACGAAUCGCAGAGGCAAGACGAGUUACUAUUCCUGCGGUGGCGCUGAAUUAUAAUAUCAAUAAGGGCGCGAUUCCUAUUGUUGGGAUCCGGAAUUCCGAGCAAGUACAACAGAAUAUACAAGCUCUGGGUUGGAGACUGUCACAGGAAGAGAUUCGACGUAUUGAAGGUGUCAGUUUCGAAGGUGGGACGAGUUUUCUCUGGCAGCAUGGGUGAAUACUGGGCAUUAUGUAUAGCGCAUGCAUGCAUUGAUUCCUGCAGGAGUAUGUAUAUCCAAAUGUCAUAAAUCCGUCAGUGGAUCUAUAUGUACAGUAGUUCCGCUUGAGAACGGAACUAAAUCGCCAAUAAUACCCGCAUGAGUAUGAACUGUUGGUCUCUGUCAUGGAUACUUACUCUCAAAGCGCUACUUGCGGGAUUGAAGAGACAAGUUGCGAGUUCCCUCAAGAUGACAAAAAUAGGUACAGGCCUCUAAACAUGCACUUUGUGGAUCUCGAAGUGUACCUGACCGAGCCGGAUACGUGAUGGCGGGGCCGGAAGCUCGAGGAAGAUGAUCGAGUGAUUAUCAAUGAGUAGACAAGCGGGACAGCUGCGCAGAAACCGGCCUAUAU